AUAGUUCGAUGUGUAUAGAUAUUUUUCAAUAUAAAAUUACCGAUAAUUUUAUGGUAUCUGUAAACUCAUGAACUUGGAAACCUAAACGCGAUUAUGGCGGCAGUUACAACAGUUACUACGUUUUGGCAAACCGCUGUGUAUUAUUCUCUCAUUGCAAUCACCACAACGUUGUUAGCUGUAUAUUUGUAUAUUGAAAAUCUACGAGUUGUCAGAUUUGGAAAUAAAAUUCCAGGACCAAGAAAAGUUCCAAUUUUGGGAAAUGCAUUAUCAACAGUCGGUUUACAUCCAAAUACGGUCUUGGAAACUCUCCUCACAUACGAUGUAUACGGACCUGUAAUACGAGCUUUUCUUGGAAGUAAAUUAGUUAUUUUUAUGUAUCAUCCUCGCGAUAUUGAGAUUAUACUCAGCAGCCAUGUUCAUAUAGACAAAGCUGAUGAAUACAGAUAUUUCAAACCAUGGUUGGGAGAUGGUCUACUCAUCAGUACAGGUGAAAAAUGGAGAACUCACAGAAAGAUCAUAGCACCAACGUUUCAUUUGAACGUACUAAAAACAUUUGUUCCGUUAUUUUAUGAGAACAGUAGAGAUUUAGUUAUACGUUUGCGAGAUCAAGUGGGAAAAGAGUUUGACUGUCAUGAUUAUUUAUCCGCAGUCACGGUUGAUAUUUUGAUAGAAACCGCGAUGGGUUUAAGGGAAACUGAGAAACAUAAAACUGGUUACGAUUAUGCAAUGGCUGUAAUGAAAAUGUGCGACAUAAUUCAUCGACGGCAAUACACCGUGCGUUUGCGACCCGAUUGUCUCUUCAACCUCUCAAACUUGAAGAAGCAGCAAGAAAAGCUGCUGAGUGUCAUCCACGGUUUGACCUCGAAAGUAAUUCAAAAGAAGAAACAAGAAGCUUUCCAAAGUAUUGGCUCGAAUGUCGAAGGGAGGCAGAAGAAAUCGAGCGAAGCUGAGUCGAUUAAACAAAUUUCACAAAAUAGCGAAACAAAAACAAAUAACGAAGGUGUAACGAAAAUGCACUACGCGAGAGAUGAUCUUGAUGAUAUCGAUGACAAUGAUGUUGGCGAAAAAAGAAGACUUGCUUUCUUGGAUCUUAUGCUUGAAUUAUCAAGGAAUGGAGCGAAACUUACCGAUGAAGAAAUUAAAGAGGAAGUUGAUACCAUAAUGUUUGAGGGUCACGACACCACGGCUGCUGGUUCCAGUUUCGUCCUCUGCUUGCUUGGAAUUCAUCAGGACAUUCAGGAUCGAGUUUACGAAGAAUUAAAUGAAAUCUUCAAGGAUUCAAACAGGCCUUGCACAUUCCAAGAUACUUUAGAAAUGAAGUACCUCGAAAGAGUCAUUUUGGAAACUCUGAGACUCUAUCCACCAGUGCCAGCAAUUGCGAGAUUGUUAAAAGAAGAUGUACAACUAGUCACUGGGAAUUACGUGCUACCAAAAGAUUGUACGAUUUUAAUUUCCCCAUAUAAGGUCCAUCGUUUGGAGGAAUAUUACCCGAACCCUGAAGAAUUUAAUCCUGAUAAUUUCUUGCCGGAACGAACGCAAAACAGGCAUUACUAUGCGUUCAUUCCUUUCAGCGCAGGACCCAGGUCAUGCGUGGGAAGGAAGUACGCGAUGUUGAAAUUGAAGGUUUUAUUGUCGACGAUCCUGCGGAACUACAAGAUCCUGUCGGAUCAUUCAGAAAAGGACUUCCGGCUGAAGGUUGACAUUAUUCUUAAAAGGGUGGACGGCUUUCGAAUAAAAAUCGAGCCACGAAACAAAACCAGUCAAGAGAUUCUCGUUUAAAAUCGCGUUCUUGCUCGCAUUUCACUCUGACUGCAAUAAACAAUGCAAAAUUUCGUAAUUUUAUACGUAUACAAUUGAAAUUCUUGUUUUUUAUAUAGAAUGAAAACAUUUUUGUUAUUUUUUAUGAUUCUUAUACCAAUGUAACAUUUUUAAAUACUUUCAGUUUUUAAUGUUUGUAUAUUAUGAAUUAAUGGAUUAUCAAAUAAGUCGAACUGAGUCGUUGCGUGAAAAUAAUAGAACAAUAGUCACAAAGACUUGUUUUGGUUACUUCUGAAUAACAAUGUUUCACUUUUCAAUAAUUUUGCCAAAUUAAUUAUUAAAAUUAUUUAAAUAAAAUAUAAUACAGUUUAUGUCAUUCUAAUUAUGUAAUUAUACAUAUUUGUUAUAUAAUUAAUUAUGUAAGUAUUAAG